AUUGCAAUUCCCUAUCCAAUUGCACACUGCACAUGCAGUCAUUCGUAAUAACACAGUUGAGCCCUUGGCCGUCCCAUAUCUUAUUAUGGCAAUUAAUUUUCACGUCCUAUGGGAAUCAUUUGGAAAUACUUGUCAUUAUGCCAACCAUAGCAGCCUAUUAGAUUUGCAUACGGCAUUUAGAACCACCGGACUUUUACCUUUAUUUCAAGUGCACAGUUCCGGGUAGUCUGACAGACACAGUGAUAAAGUUCAACAAAGGUAGAUCUCUCAGAACUGCACUCUAGCUACCACAGUUGACACUUCAAACCUGGAUUAUAAGGAAAAGGGGAGGCAUCCUCAGCCUGCAACAUCUGAUCAAGCAGCCAGCAGAUUUCCCUGAGUAAGCAGCACGUUAACCAGAAUACAGUAGGAGGACCUUUCAGACCUCCAGGGGACUAAAGAAGAGAGGGACAGACAGAAACCCCCACCGGGUUAACCACUAUAGAAGAAGAUUAAGCCAAGGAUCCCUAUGUCACACUACAACAACACUGGAGUAUAUAACAACCCUGCCUAUCAUGACAGUGACACCCUGGAGAUAGAUAGGAGUCCUUCCAGGAAAUCCCAAUCCCAUCAUAGUAACCCACAUGGUAACCCCUACCCCAGGGAUGAUGGAGACGGGGGGCAGAGGGGCAGGUCCGACCUCCAGCAGCUCCCAGGAGGGGUCCAGUCCAGCUACAACGAUGCCCAGGAGAGAGUGCCCUGGGGCGGGUGGCAGGAGGGGAGCUGGAGGGGCAGAGACAGCAUUCCCAUGGGUCUCCUUCCUCCCCGGUCGGAGAGCCCACGAUGGCAGCAGCAUGACCUCAGUCACAGCGGGUACCAGAUCGACCAGGCAACGCAUUAUGACACAACGCCUCCUGUACGACUUCCAUCUGCAACUUCAGGUCAUGUUUCGAUGAGGUUCAGGGGGUCGAGGAAGAUGAGUCUAUUCCCUGUAGGAGAGGCUGCUCUGGGCAAUCUGGGCCUUUCUGAGGAUGACAUCAGGAAUGAGAUGGAAAAUGAGGAACAGAACUUGGUCAAAGAGCUGGUUGCCAUGUCAACGAGUGACAGAAUCAAGGCCACCCGAGACCUCCCUAUGAGCUUUGAUGACAAGAAACACAUCAGGGGCCAAGUGUUGGCAUUGAAAUCAUUCAAAAAGUCCCGGCAACUGAACUGCUUUUCAGACUGCUCGACGACUGUCUCACUGGCGUUCCGUAGGUGCGGUGCUAACAUGACUUUAGCCAAGCAGACCCUGGAACUGUGGCGGGGUACCAUGAAGGAGGUCGGGGGUAAAUUUGGCACGGGGGUCCUCUCCUACUUCAAGUUCCUAAAAUGGCUGCUGAUGUUCAACAUCUUCUCCUUCCUGGUCAACUUUGGUUUCAUCACCAUCCCCCAGCUCAUCUAUCACCCCACGCCAGACAUCCCCGCUGGGGUCAGCUUCAAAGGGCUAGAGAUACUGACCGGAGCGGGUUAUUUCAGCCACACAGUGAUGUAUUAUGGCGGCUACAGUAAUAAAACACAAGGGACAGGGGGCCGGUCUGAGUACAACAUGCAGCUGGCCUACUUCUUCACCAUAGCAGCCUACAUGGUGUUGUGUGGAGCCGCCCUCAUCUACAGCAUGGCCAGCUCGUUCAGGAAGAAGUAUGUCCUUGCAGACUCAGGCUUGGGUGGAGCCUGGCAGCUCCUGUGUAGCUGGGACUUCAGUGUGACUAACGAGAAAGCCGUACGACAGCGCAAGAACAAUCUGCGCAUCCAACUCAAGGAGUCCUUAUCAGAAAAGGUCCAGGUGGCCCUGCUACCUCUGACAGAGAGGCUGAAGCACUAUGUGGUCUUCCUGGGUACCUGGCUCCUCUCCACGGGCAUGGCCUUGGGCUGUGGCGCCAGUGUCUACUUCCUGUGUCAAUAUGACACAUGGCGGACAAGGCAGUCAGGGGACAAAGCUUCCGGCUCUCUCCUGGAGGAGGCCGCUACUCUCCUCCUCCCCUUUGUGGUGUCCCUGAUCAAUCUGGUCGUCCCUCUCUUCUACUCUCUGUUCAAAAAGAUAGAGCACUACUCCAACCCUCGCAUGCAGGUCUAUGCCAUCAUAGUCAGAAAUGUCAUUCUCAAGAUGUCCAUUCUGGGUAUUCUCUGCUACUACUGGAUGAAGGAUGUGGCCAAUACAUUUUCAUGCUGGGAGUCCAUCGUAGGACAAGCCUUGUACAGACUGGUUAUUAUGGACUUCCUCUUCAUAAUGUUAGGAUCCUUCUUUGGAGAGUUCCUGAGCAAUGUCAUUGGGACUAAAUUCAUACAGAGCCUGGGAGUUCCAGAGUUUGACGUUGCCAGGAAUGUCCUUGACCUGAUCUAUGCACAGACCCUGGCAUGGAUCGGAAUCUACUUCUCUCCCCUUCUCCCAGUGAUACAGAUAAUCAAGUUCUUCAUCCUCUUCUACCUAAAGAAGGUCAGCCUGACCCAGAACUGCCAGCCCCCCAGGCGAGCCGGCAGGGCGGCUCAGAUGCAAACCAUCUUCAUCGCUAUCCUCUUCUUCCCUUCCUUCGUGGGGGCUCUGUCCAUGGUGGCCUACACCGUGUGGACUCUGCCCCCCUCAGACGAGUGUGGGCCCUUCAGGGGCCUCAACACCACCUUCGGUGCAAUACAGAUCUGGAUGGACGAUUUGAACAGGGUGGAUGCGUUUCGGUGGACUGUCUGGAUCUACCAGCACGUCAUCAGGAGUGAGAUAUUCUACUUCCUGGUCUCUCUCAUCAUCCUUGUCUUCAUUUACAUCUUCAGGCAGAUCACUCAGGGACGCCAGCUGCUUAUCACUCUACUGAGACAGCAGAUUGUUAAUGAAGGGAAGGAUCGUAUUUAA